AUGGAAUCAGUCAAGCGCGAUAAUGCAAAGAAGAACUUUCUUGCCAAGACAUGGAAAAGGUGUCGAUCUUUCAGACAUCACAAGAAAGACGGCGUUACUGGUAGCUUGAUGAAAAGCAAAUCAUGGGGUAGUAUUGGAGAGGACAUGGAAAAGACACCCGAAGGUUUCUUUCCUGUCUACGUUGGACCAGAUAAACAACGGUUUGCUAUUAAGACAAAAUGUGUUAACCAUCCGUCGUUCAUUAUGCUUCUAGAGGAUGCAGAAUCUGAAUAUAGUAUACACUUUGAUGGUCCAAUUAUGCUUCCGUGUGAUGUGGAUCUCUUCUGUAAUGUGUUAGCGGAGAUUAAUGGAGGCUAA